CUUCUAUGAACCGACAUUCCACAACCCCGUCCAACGUGCCGAUUUUCAUUUCGUCACUCGUGUGCAUCAUCCUUUCCUCUGCUGUCUUCUGAAUCGCCUCAUUCGUUUCGGCGAACGCUCGUUGUAUUUCCUACCUACCUGACCUUUAAUAACCUUUACUCUCGUUCGGAACGCCUCUGCAUCCCAAAUCCUCUUGCUUCCUGCAAGUCUGUUGCUCAGCGACCACCGUCACAGCCAGCCAGCCUCAUAACACUCGUUCAAUCCUACCGUGCCCGACCUCUCCCCUCCGAACUGGAACGCGUCUGCAAGACAGAACCAGUAUCUGUUAGGCAUAUCGACAUAAAAUACGUGUAACAGGGACCCCUGGGGAAACUUGGUCUUGGUGUUUCUCGAAAAUCAACAAAAGGCUCCCAAGCCAGAGGGAGGGACAGAAACCUCAACUCUUACGCCAUGGCGGGUAACAAUCGCAUGUCGAUGUAUUCGACAACCUCUUCUCUGCAAGGGGGACAUCGAAACAUCAACUCAGCUGCCCAGCAAUCCACACAGGUCUCAACAACCACUCUCCUGAAUGCUGUCCACACAAUAUAUACUUCUGGUCAACCGUACAGGCUGGAUGCCAGUAGCACUUUGGUAGUAAAUAGCUGGCUCACUGCUUCUCAACCCGAUCAAGAGGGGCGAAUUGGUGGAACAGUUGACGGUGCCUUGUCUGCUCGAGCCUGGGAACAUGCUAGACGCCGUGCUGAAGAUGGUUGCAUAGUUUUGGGCUCCCUGCACGAAUCAACACCUUCCGUUCUUGUCCCCUUCCUCCAAACCCUUCCGCUCUCUAUUCCUUCCUCUCUAUAUACCGCUCUGAAUGCACUCCGGCCAUUCAUUCACUCCGUCUCGCCACAAAACCAUUCGGCUCCACGGCAGUCUGCCCUUGGUGUUACUCUAACCCUCACACUCGCUGGAAAUCUAACGGCAGCGACAUUCGCUUUGUCUGAAGGAGGAAUCGACACUUCGAAGGGUCUUCUAAACAUCCCAGCCGAAUCAGGAUUUAGAGCAUUUGAUGUAUUUUACUACCUGCUUACAUCUGCAUCGACACCUGCAGAGCGAGAAUUCCUGGGGUUAAAAAGUGCUUCCAGCUAUGCUCUCCUCGCAAAGUCCGGAACCUACGACCCUCCUUCUUACCUUCCAACUGGAGAUGACGCCGCAGCUGCUGACGAUUUCCGGGCUUCGUUGAAGGAAAUUGGCAUCAAGGGUGCAGCUCACAGGAACUUGAUCUCUAUUUUGGCAGGAUUGCUCAAGCUUGGUGAUACUCUGACUUCCAGUUUGGACGAGGAUGCUUUGGAAGAAGUCUGCGAAGAUGUCGGAGGUUUACUCGGCCUUGAACCCGAGGUUCUCGUCAAGCAGUGCAAUACCUCGGAACGAGAAACCUUGAUCGGUGGGCUCUAUGAGGCUUUGGUGGAUUGGGUCAUUCUCAAGGCCAAUGAAGCCAUUGCUGUUGAAAUGAGCCAUAUUAGAGAUGGAGAUUCUUCUGAAGGUGGCCCCGGAGCAAGAACGCCAAACACCGAGGAAGACAACGGUGACACUGUCUGCAUCACAAUUUUGGAAAUUCCGGACCCAACACUUGGAAAAGCGGCAGCCAUGCGAGGCGUUUUCGACGAUACCCAAGGUAUCAACUUUGAGAUGAAGGAAGACGGAGUCGAUGUAGUAGCAGCGGGCUCUUCGGUCCUUCGUGAAAUGCAGAAUGCCGUGUCUGAAGUCGGUCCUGAUCUUGGAAUCAUGACUGGACCAGCUGGAAGAGAGCGUGAGCACGAAUUGGAAAGACGUGAAGCUGUUUUGGAAAAAGUUGGCCGAGAGGGCGAGGAUGACGGUUUCUUGAAGAAGAUUCUAUUCCCUGUGGAAGGUCAAGGUGUUAAUCUGGGCCGUCAAGGGCGUAUCGAUUUGCCAGCUGUUUUGGGAAGCAGUCGUGUGUGGUAUCACCUCUCACUUCAUCCUACCGACGAGUCACCCGCCAGUCUGGCUGCUCUCCCUUCGAUGACCUCUGCUUGGUCUGCCGGAACUGUCUCGAGACAACUUCGCGCAUGGAGACUUCCUGAAUGGGCGAACCGGAGAAACAAGAACCUUGACUUUACAGCUGAUUUCGAUCUCGAAGAAUUUUGCCAACGAUACGCUCCUCUCGGAUGCAAAGAUGGCAAGGACGGAAUUGAAAGCUGGAUCAUGGAGCGUGGAUGGAGCAACGGCGAGGUCGUGGUUGGUACAGAACGCAUUUGGAUGCGAGAAAGUGCCUGGUGGGAAGCUGAGGGAAUGCUAGACCUGAAGCCCUCGGACGAUCAAGGUUUUGCUGGGCUAGGUUCCAUGCUUGCGAACGACAACGGUAUGGAAACUGGAUACUCUGGUGGACCUCACAACGGCAGCGGUUUCUUCGCACCCAUGAACGAACUGUCUCCUCACGGAAGUCGGGAAGGGCUUAUUCGCCAGCAAAGCGGGGCUAUCAUGCCUCGAGGUGCUUUAGGAGGUGCCCGAUCAAUUGCUCCAACAAACCGAAAUGUCAGCGCUGGUGACUAUGGUCUCGGCCUGAGAGGAGACGAUGUGAAGGGUCAAGUGUAUUACACCAACGAGAUGGGCGAGCUUGUUGGAAACAUAGAUCCUGAGCUAGCCGAGCCAAAGAGUAUCACCACUUCAGACCUGACACCAAGCCGUCGUAUCUGGGUUGGUAUCGUCUGGGCACUCACUUUCUGGAUUCCUUCGUUUGUUCUCAGAUUUGUUGGCCGCAUGAAACGCCCUGAUGUCCGCAUGGCAUGGCGAGAAAAGGUCGUACUGUGCUUCAUUAUUUUUCUCAUCAACGGGACCAUCAUUUUCUGGAUUGUUGGAUUUGGAAAGCUCUUGUGCCCAAAUUUCGACAAAGCCUGGGAUGCUAAAGAAAUCGCUUCUCAUCAAGGAGACUCCGAUUACUGGGUCGGCUACCAUGGAAAGGUCUAUGACAUGUCCAAGUUCUGGAAACUGCAACACAGUGACAUCGACGUUGAAACCUCAACGUCCAAUAUGCAACCAUUUGCGGGAACGAACGUGGAUGCCUUGUUCGUCCCACCUCUCACUGUUGGGUGCCCAGGACUAGUUACAGAUACCAGUGUCGUUCUACUUUCAAAUACCACCAUCUCUGACUCGAGUGCCAUCCACACGUCUGGUCCAACAUCAUCAUAUACAACCAGCGCCUUGCAUAGCAUCAACUGGUACGCAACCAAGUUUCUGCCCCGCAUGAAAGAGUACUAUCAUGGCGAGCUGGUCAUCAAGAAGAAAGCUGUCAAGAACGACGGCCAGAACAAUAAUCAUUACUGGUUUGUUCUUCACGGCAAGAUCUAUGACCUUACCGACUACUUCUACACUUUGAAAACAUACGACGACGCGCCCAGAUACCUGUUCCUCGACAGCACCAUUCAAACGAUGAUCAAGAACAACCCAGGGCUGGACAUCUCAAGCGAUUGGGACAAGAUGGUGGUUGCUGCUGCAAGCAACAGUACACAAAGCAGUAUCAUCAAGAACAACUUGAACUGUUUCAAUAACCAAUUUUAUGUUGGUAUUCCCGACUUCCGCGAUACUUUCAAGUGCCAGAUCAACAACUAUAUUUUGCUCGCCUUCACAAUCAUCUUGUGUUCAGUUAUCUCGGCCAAGUUUCUGGCUGCUCUUCAAUUUGGUUCCAAGAGACGUCCCAGUCCGCAGGAUAAAUUCGUCAUUUGCCAGGUUCCUGCAUAUACCGAAGGUGAAGAUUCACUGCGAAAAGCCCUGGACUCCUUGACAGCUCUUCAAUAUGACAACAAGAGAAAGCUCAUCUGCGUCAUUUGCGACGGUAUGAUCGUUGGAGGUGGAAACGACAGACCUACGCCCAAGAUUGUCCUUGAUAUUCUCGGAGUGGACCCAAAGAUGGAUCCUCCAGCACUACCAUUCAACUCAGUCGGUGAAAGCAGCGAGCAAUUGAACUACGGCAAGGUCUAUUCUGGUCUGUAUGAAUUCGAAGGAAAUGUCGUCCCAUAUCUGGUCGUCGUCAAGGUCGGAAAAGAGUCUGAGCAAUCGAAGAGCAAGCCCGGCAACCGUGGUAAACGUGACUCUCAGAUCCUGCUCAUGAGCUUCCUCAACCGCGUUCACCACCGAUCACCCAUGUCUCCGCUUGAAUUGGAAAUGUUCCACCAGAUCAACAACAUUAUUGGUGUCGAUCCUGAGCUUUACGAAUACCUCCUCAUGGUCGAUGCCGAUACCAGUGUCCGCGAAGACUCUCUUAACCGUCUAGUUGCAGCGUGUGCCAACAAUGCAAAGAUCGCUGGUAUAUGUGGUGAAACUAGUUUGGAGAACGAAGAGCGAUCGUGGUGGACUAUGAUUCAAGUUUACGAGUACUUCAUUUCUCAUCACUUGGCAAAAGCUUUCGAGUCUCUUUUCGGCAGUGUUACUUGUCUUCCUGGGUGUUUCACCAUGUACCGUCUCAGAACCGCCGACAAGGGCAAGCCGCUGAUCAUUUCGGAUGCAAUUGUCCGCGACUACAGUGAUUGCUCUGUCGAUACUCUGCACAAGAAGAAUCUGUUGUCUCUCGGAGAAGAUCGAUACCUCACUACCUUGAUGACGAAGCACUUCCCAUACAUGUCUUACAAAUUCAUUCCUGAUGCCUACUGUCAAACCGCCGCACCUGAGACAUGGAGCGUCUUGCUGUCCCAGCGAAGAAGAUGGAUCAAUUCUACCAUUCACAACUUGGCAGAAUUGGUAUGGCUCAAGGAGCUGUGUGGUUUCUGUUGUUUCAGUAUGAGAUUCGUUGUCUUUAUUGAUCUCUUCGGAACUAUCAUCUUGCCUGCAACCUGCGGAUACCUGGCAUACCUAAUCUACAAUGUCGCAGCUGGCAAAGGCCAAUUCCCCUUGAUCUCCAUCAUUAUGAUAGCAGCCGUGUAUGGUCUACAAGCUCUGAUCUUCAUCUUGAAGCGUCAGUGGCAACACAUCGGGUGGAUGAUCAUCUAUAUGAUGGCAUUCCCAAUCUACUCGUUUGUCCUUCCAAUCUAUUCUUUCUGGAAUCAAGACAACUUCUCGUGGGGCAACACCCGUAUCGUCAUUGGCGAGAAAGGCAAAAAGCAGAUUGUUGCGGUUGACGAUGAAGGGUUCGACCCACGCAGCAUUCCUCUCCAACGCUGGGACGACUACGCUCUUGCCAACAACCUUCCAGGUCGUCGUGGCGUCCAAGUUGAGAAGGCUUACGAAGGAUACGAUGAUCAAUAUGAGAUGGACGACAUGAAGUCGAUGUACUCCUCUGUCAAGCCCGCAUCCACUAUUUUGACCGGCUUCCCUCAACGCGGUGGCUACAUGCCGCCUCAAUCCCCUGCUUUCGGUGGACCCAGACAAUCCGUAUACUCCACCAACCCUUACGAUCAACACCCUCCUGUCCGCCACCAGUCUAUGAUGUCUCUCGGCGGCGGACUCCAAGACCGUUCCGCUUCCCCCUACCAGGAUUACCCUUCACAACGCCCCAGCAUGGUCAUGUCCCCAUCCUCCAAUGAUCUCCUCUCCGGCCAACCCUCGCCUCUCCACGCCUCCCGCAGCCAAAUUGGCUUCACAGGCGGGGCGCGCACUCCCUUGGGGGCCGAAGCUUCGCUGCGGCCAGUCUCACAGUUCGAUUUCCAGCGUGGGAACGCCGGACCAGAUGACAUGAUGAUCGUGGAGGCUAUCCAGAACUGCCUUCGUGAAGUUGACCUCGACAACGUUACGAAGAAACAGGUCCGCGCUCUUGUCGAGCAGAGAUUACAGACUGAGCUUGUGGGCGAGAGACGGACCUUCAUGGACCGCAUGAUUGAUACUGAGUUGGCUAAUAUGUAAAAUGAUCAUAUUCCUUGAUCUACGGGGAAAGAACGUGUUGGAUGGGUGUACAAAAUGCAUUAGUGGACGUUUUUGAAUUUGGUUUUGAUUGAUCUCGAAAAUUCUAUCUAGUACUGAAAGAUAUGUGUGAUGGCUGGUGGGGAUCUGACGGUGUUUUCGGUGUUGCUUUUUAUUAUCUUUUGACGUUUGCUGUACAUCUGUCGUUGGCUGAGUCACACGGGAGGGACGUAUCACUCGCAUAAUAGGUACUGAGGUACAAUACAGUCAUUUUGAAUAUCAUUUCUUG